AUGAAUGAGAGGAACCUAUGCCAUUUCUACUACACUGCCCGCAUCAACACGCGAUGCGUCGACGUCGACAAGUGCAAUAUGGUGGCCUUCCGAUGUCCGAAAGCAAGGAUCGAGUUGACGCUGGCAGCCAUCGGAGCCCUGUUGCUCCUCGUCGCCUCUUCGAGCCUGCUCAUCUACCGGGUGUUGGUGCUGAUCUAUCCGCGAAUGGCAUAUACCGGCACGGCCAACAUCGCCAAGGUGAACUUCUCGGAGCCGCUGUCGAUGCUGCAGCGCGUCACCGAGGACCUGGAGUACGCGCAUUUGCUCGAUACGGCCGCCUCCGCGAUGAACCCGUCGCUGCAGAUGUGCCAUGUUGCUGCGUUCGCCGUUAGCAGCUACGCCACCACCGGCUCCCGCACGACGAAGCCGUUCAACCCGAUGCUCGGCGAGACGUACGAGUGCGACCGGGUGGCGGAGCCCAACGCCGACAAGACCUACGGCUUCACCAAGUUCGCCGUCCAGCUGAACGAGCCCGAGCCGGGCGUCGCCCCCACCGACAGUCGCCUCAGACCCGACCAGCGGCUGAUGGAGGCCGGCCAGUGGGACGCCGCCAACGCGAAGAAGGUCGAGAUCGAGGAGAAGCAGCGGGUUCGGCGACGCCAGGCCGAGGUGGAGGCGGCGCGGGUGGCGAAGGAAGGU